AUGGAAGCCCAGGGUGCCGGGACCGAGGGUCCUCUGGGCAAGGAGGGCGAGCCCCUGCGGCUCCGGCAAGACAGUAGGCUGCCCGCUCCCGCCUCCCUCGGCAUCGCCCCUCCCACCGCCAGCCCUGUGCCCCGGCCUCAGCUUCCUGUCCGCCAGGCCGAGUGGGAGCAGCUCCUGGGCACCUGCAGCGGCUUUUUCUUCUAUGGCAUGGAGAGCUUCCUGUCCCACAUACUGGUGGAAAGGUUGGCUGCCAUGAACCUACGAGAGUGCCAGAUGAUGGUCCUGCUGGGCCUGACUCGGUCCUACAAGAGCAUGCGGCGGCAUAUGGAGAAGUCAGAGAACAAGAGCGCGCUGCAGCUGUCCUUGGAGGAGCCUGUCAAGACUGCCAUCCUUCUGAGUCUGGUGGGGGUGGGGAGCGUCCUGGCAAACCAGUGGCCGACAUUCCUCUGGGACAACGCACUGCGGGCCAGCAUCCUGUGGGAAAAUCUGUUGACAGUUGGCAGGCCGAUCGGGAGAGCAGUCCGUCUCCUUCAGAAGAUGGGAGCUGGCGACCUGAGGAACCACGGUGAGCCCCCGUGGCCUCCAGGGACAAGCUGCUGGCCACAGCUCAGUGACAAUGAGCGGCUGCCCAUCGUCCUCAACUCGGUCCUGUACGGGCUGCCACACCUGGCCAUCGGGUGACCCCCCCCCCCCGGGCAAGGACCUUGACUGUCCCUCCGAGGACCCACCCCCCAGCCCUCCCCACCCGUAGGUGCCCCUCUUCCAGUGGCCCCCCCCGAACCCCAGUUCUGCUCAGGGUCACGCCAGGGCGCUUCCUCCCCCACCUCCUCCUGCCUGGCUCGCAUGGGGACCCUCGUGGAGGGACGAGAGUCUCUCUGGGGGCUCUGUGGGGUGGGCGGGUGAGGAGCGCACCGGGGCUGACCCCACAGCUGCCUGGACCCCCAGAACCCUCUCCUGCCCUGUCCCCGUGGUGGGGGAACCACCUGUAUUUGGGGUAGGGGCCGGCCCUGGGGGUGAGGCCCUCGGUCCCUGGAGGCCCACGGUGGUCCCUGGACAGGGAACACCAUCGUUUUUGGUGUAAGUGCUUUAGUAAACGAUGACGUCAAGUGUCUGCUUCACGUGUCUGCGGUGCCGUCUGUGACCACGGGUGUGUGGCCGGGCUCGAGUCCCUCAAGAGGGACACUCUCUGUCCAGCGCUGUGCCAUGG